UCUAACAUAGGAGAACGCCAGAGAGACCACUCCAGUUUGCUGCGACGACUCCAAUUAAUUCAUCGAGAUGAAGCAGCAGAUGGAGCCGAGUUCCACAUCCGAGCUGUUGGCAUGCGACCAGGAGGCGGCAAUCAGGGAGAUCAAUCGAGGCCAUGAGCUCAUGACUCAACUCCGAGCCCUCCUUAUGCCGUUGCUUCCGGCCGGUGUCUGGUCGGAGCUGGCCGGGGACCUCUUUGAGGAGAUACUGAAGUGUUCCACCGCAGCUCUCUCCGGGCUUCGCAACGGUGGGUGUGGAAUGUCAGCUGCCUCUGACUCCGAUGAUGACCGGAGAAACAAAGUGUUUGAUGGGAAGAGGAAGAGCACCGAAGAGAGAGAAAAGCCUGAUGGUCGUAAAAGAAGGAGGCAACUUAACUCGUGGUCCAUUGUUACUUCUGUCCCACAUUAUGAUGGCCAUCAAUGGAGGAAGUAUGGGCAGAAGCAGAUUAAUAAUGCCAAAUACCCAAGGAGCUACUACAGAUGCACUAAUUCUAAGGACCAAGGGUGCCCAGCAACUAAGACUGUGCAGCAGGAGGACCGCGAUUCUGAUCCACCCAAGUUCAGUGUUACUUACAGCAUGCAGCACACCUGCAAGGAUGUGGAUAUCAAUUCCCCUUUCGUUAUGGAUUCUGCACCAAGAAACACUUCACUUCUUGGCUGUGAAUCCGUUUCCUUGUGCUACCAGCCCUCUCCAUCCUUUCUUUUCACUGAGAACCAGAGCCAAGGUAACAGCCUGUUGAUCGGCGGUAAAUUGCCGACAGAUGAGCUACUUUCUGGACUUCUUGAACCUGCAACACCCAUUGGCACACCUACUUCGGUAGAUGAGAUAUCAAACAUUUUCUCGCCAUUUUAUGCUGAUUGGGAGAUGAUGAUGGAUGCAGUCGAUUUAACUGAGGCUAAAACAUAUGAGAAGGGAAGUUUCUUUUGAAUCUCCGUGCUGGUUGAGAUAGGUUUCUUAAGGACUGGACCUGUAGCUCUUGGGAUAGGGAUAUAAAGUUGACGAAGCGAGGCCUCUUUGGAGCGCCAUGCUCCUGGAGAAGAUGUAUUUCAUGGGCUAGGAGAUGGAUGUAUACAUAUUAUAAGUUACUGAUUUUUUUCCUCUCUUUCUGUUUUUUUUGAAAAAAACAAAGUUUGAGAAGCUCCUUAGAUGUAGAGGAUGUGCAACUGUAACAUGUAAAAUUUUAUGUACGGUUCUGGCAAUCUAAUUAUCUUUUCAGUCAA